AACCGUCCAUUCGUAAACUCAAUCCUCUGUCUGGACAGUUGUUCUUUUAUGAUCUAGUCAGGUCAUUACAAUAUGUUUGUCCUGUACAAUUGCGGUGCUGAAAUGUAUACUUUUAAUAAAAACGUUUAUCGAAUACAACCACCGACUUUUUCCUCAUUUGUGUAGCUCAACUCAGCGUGAAUGUGCAUGUGCCACUUGAAUUUCAGCGUAUGUAGUAUGAGCAACACUAAUGGGGAAAAAGUCGGUGGUUGUAUUCGAUAAAAGUUUUUGUUGAAAGUAUCAAUUUCAGCACCCCGCGGAAGGACCACAGUUGUAAAGGACAAACAUAGGUACAGGUAAGCGUUUUCAGAAUGGACAUUUUUACAAGAAUCGACUGAUGGUGACUCGAUGUUGUCGCUAGCAAAUCUCGCGACCAGUCAUCAAAAGUAAACUCCGCCUCGACGUAAGAGACCGGUGGUGAGCGUUCCUCAGCUAGGGUUCGGCUUGAUGAGGGCUGCGGGAUUCAGCAGAAGUCAUUCCUGCCUAUUUGUACGAGAUUUAGCAUGCGGUGACGGUGAGGCAGCCCCAGCCUGAGUCUGUAAGAUGAAGAGCCCGGUGCACAGGUGUAGGGACGUGGAGAGGCAGGCUCCCUGCCUGCAGACUGAGCAGCAGUGUGUCCCUGUCUCCCAGCACACCUCCAGCAGCAUGUGGUUUAUCAGGGACGCGUGUGGCAUCGUGUGUGGGUUCAUCACUUGGAUGUUGGUGUUCUAUGCUGAAUUUGUAGUGCUCUUCGUCAUGCUGUUGCCUUCUAAAAACCUGACCUAUAGCUUAGUCAACGGGACUGUGUUCAAUACUCUGGCCUUCCUGGCUCUCGCCUCUCACUUCAGGGCCAUGUGCACCGACCCUGGAGCUGUGCCAAAAGGGAAUGCCACUAAAGAGUACAUCGAGAGUCUUCAGCUGAAGCCGGGACAGGUGGUCUACAAGUGUCCCAAAUGCUGCAGCAUCAAGCCUGACCGGGCACACCACUGUAGUGUGUGCAAGCGCUGCAUACGGAAGAUGGACCACCACUGUCCCUGGGUGAACAACUGUGUGGGAGAGAACAACCAGAAGUACUUUGUUCUCUUCACAAUGUACAUUGCACUCAUCUCUCUCCACUCUCUGGUGAUGGUGGUCUUCCACUUCCUCUACUGCUUUGAAGAUGAUUGGACAAAGUGCAGUUCCUUCUCACCUCCUGCGACCGUCAUCCUCCUCAUCCUCCUGUGCUUUGAGGCCCUCCUCUUCCUCCUCUUCACCUCCGUGAUGUUCGGGACUCAGGUCCAUUCCAUCUGUACAGAUGAGACAGGCAUCGAGCGUCUGAAGGGGGAGCAGGCCAGGUGGGAGAAGACUUCGUGCUGGGAGGCCAUGAAGUCAGCGUUUGGAGGGCCCUUCUCCCCAUCCUGGCUCAGCCCCUUCUCUGACCUCCAGUGUAAGAGGGAUCCCAAUGCCCACAUGGUGGUGCCACAAGGGGAGAUCAUCGAGGAGGACGUCAUAGAGAUACCACUGGUCUAGUAUCAUAGACUCCCAUAGAAAUAGAACGAAUAGAAUGGGCGUGGCACCUAUAACCCUGGCAAUUAGAAUGGUUAACUCCUGAGUACGCUUGCUAUGGAUGCCUGGUUAUAACCCUGGCAAUUAGACUGGUUAACUCAUGGGUACGCUCCCUAUGGAUGCCUGGUUAUAACCCUGGCAAUUAGACUGGUUAACUCAUGGGUACGCUCGCUAUGGAUGCCUGGUUAUAACCCUGGCAAUAAGACUGGUUAACUCAUGGGUACGCUCGCUAUGGAUGCCUGGUUAUAACCCUGGCAAUUAGACUGGUUAACUCAUGGGUACGCUCGCUAUGGAUGCCUGGUUAUAACCCUGGCAAUUAGACUGGUUAACUCAUGGGUACGCUCGCUAUGGAUGCCUGGUUAUAACCCUGGCAAUUAGACUGGUUAACUCAUGGGUACGCUCGCUAUGGAUGCCUGGUUAUAACCCUGGCAAUUAGACUGGUUAACUUAUGGGUACGCUCCCUAUGGAUGCCUGGUUAUAACCCUGGCAAUUAGACUGGUUAACUCAUGGGUACGCUCGCUAUGGAUGCCUGGUUAUAACCCUGGCAAUAAGACUGGUUAACUCAUGGGUACACUCGCUAUGGAUGCCUGGUUAUAACCCUGGCAAUUUUACUGGUUAACUCAUGGGUACGCUCGCUAUGGAUGCCUGGUAUUGUGAUCCAUUAUGCUGUCAUUGACUUAAUAAUAAUGAUCAGGAGGGUGCUUCCAUUGGUCCUGUUUCACACAUGGACAGGUGUGUAUUAUACACCUGAGUGAAUUGGACAUUUCGUUUUUUGCAUAUCCCAACUCCCCCUGAGACACCCUGGGAGAGUGGGGUCUGGACUAGGCUUGAAUGGGGACGCCAGUUCUAUUCAUUCUAUUUCUAUAGAGACUCCACUGGUCUAGUGUGGUGUCUUCCUACAGUGCUUCUAUAGAGACCACUGGUCUAGUGUGGUGUCUUCCUACAGUGUUUCUAUAGAGACUCCACUGGUCUAGUGUGGUGUCUUCCUACAGUGUUUCUAUAGAGACUACACUAGUCUAGUGUGGUGUCUUCCUACAGUGCUACUGCUGCUUGGACCAAAGCCUUAAAGGGACUCAAUCCUUAGAAUGACCCACAACAUGUCCAGGUCUAUGCCCCUGGUGAUGUGAAUGAGGUAUAAAUUCAACAAGGAUGAGUUGGAUUGACCCAAACAUGCUUUUUCAGUACUCAAGAGCAUCUCAUGCAUACGCAGCUCUGCAUGGUUCAGUUGUAUUGAGGGAAGAGCUCUAGAAGUGACCUGUGGACUGUGCAGAAUCUAGACUGUCUGUGGCCUUCCUCUACUCUUACUUCACUGAGUGCCUUAUAAACUGUCAAACUGAGAAUUGACAGUUACUAGCCUUAUUCUGCAAGGUAUGCAAAUGAGGUGGUAACAGUUUUUAACCUUUUUUUUAUGUCUGUAUUAUCAUGUCAGAGAAUUACAUUACCUUUAUAAGUGUGUUUUAAUUAAAGGGCCUUAUCUAAACAUUCCAUUAUUAAUGUUCAAUAACAUUCAAAUGUUAACAUACAAUUGUCAUGCAUUUAUUAUCAUUGUCUUAAUCUGGAACAUGUAGCGCAAACACAUUUAUUGAAUGAGGGUUAGAUGAUCGUGUAGGGGGGUUAGAUAGUGUAGGAGGGUUAGAUGAUAGUGAAGGGGGGUUAGAUUAUAGUGAAGGGGGGGUUAGAUGAUAGUGAAUGAGGUUAGAUGAUAGUGAAGGGGGUUAGAUAGUAGUGAAGGGGGGUUAGAUGAUAUUCUAGGGGGGUUAGAUGAUAUUCUAGGGGGGUUAGAUGAUAGUCUAGGGGGGUUAGAUGAUAGUCUAGGGGGGUUAGAUGAUAGUGAAUGGGGUUAGAUGAUAGUGAUUGGGGUUAGAUGAUAGUGAAUGGGGUUAGAUGAUAGUGAAUGGGUUAGAUGAUAGUGUAGGGGGGUUAGAUGAUAGUGAAUGGGGUUAGAUGAUAGCGUAGGGGGGUUAGAUGAUAGUGAAUGAGGUUAGAUGAUAGUGAAUGAGGUUAGAUGAUAGUGAAGGGGGGUUAGAUGAUAGUCUAGGGGGGUUAGAUGAUAGUGAAUGGGGUUAGAUGAUAGCGUAGGGGGGUUAGAUGAUAGUGAAUGAGGUUAGAUGAUAGUGAAGGGGGUUAGAUGAUAGUCUAGGGGGUUAGAUGAUAGUCUAGGGGGGUUAGAUGAUAGUCUAGGGGGGUUAGAUGAUAGUGAAUGGGGUUAGAUGAUAGUGAAUGGGGUUAGAUGAUAGUGAAUGGGGUUAGAUGAUAGCGUAGGGGGGUUAGAUGAUAGCGAAUGAGGUUAGAUGAUAGUGAAGGGGGGUUAGAUGAUAGUGAAUGGGGUUAGAUGAUAGUGUAUGGGGGGUUAGAUGAUAGUGUAUGGGGGGUUAGAUGAUAGUGUAUGGGGGUUAGAUGAUAGUGUAUGGGGGGUUAGAUGAUAGUGUAGGGGGGUUAGAUGAUAGUGUAGGGGGGUUAGAUGAUAGUGUAGGGGGGUUAGAUGAUAGUGUAGGGGGGUUAGAUGAUAGUGAAUGGGGUUAGAUGAUAGUGAAGGGGGUUAGAUGAUAGUGAAUGAGGUUAGAUGAUAGUGAAGGGGGUUAGAUGAUAGUGAAGGGGGUUAGAUAGUAGUGAAUGGUUGUACUGCACUUUAUCCUUUUGUACAGGAUGGUAAUACUACUUCUACAGUCAAAUGAAAGCUCCAUAUCAUGGGACCACUAUUGUUUACUCUAACAUAUGAAUAAAAGGGAAGUUGUCAAUGAUGCUAUCUUUGUUUAUCCAUGUAUUGAUUGGUUCUCAUAUUAGCUCGACUACAGAAUAAAGAACAUGUCAGUCAGAGAUUAAGUGACAAGAUAUUUCAUGUAAGUCGCUCUGGAUAAGAGCGUCUGCUAAAUGACGUAAAUGUAAAAUGUAAAUGUAAAGGUUUAUUUACAAAACUCUUAUUUCAAUGAAUUGAUAUGCAUUUAGUCUUACUGGUCAUUACAAUAUUUUCAAUAAAAUAUACAUCUUAAUCUUAA